CUGAAGUUUUCCUUCCCACAGCUAUUCCCUGACCACCGAUUCCUACUUCUGGUUAUUUUCGUCUGCUCCGUCUGCCUCCGCCGUCUCUUUCUGUGCUUCCGCUCUAAUCGACGGCAUAACCUUCAGCAUUUGGAGUCGGAGCCAUGAAUAUCUUCAGGCUUGCCGGGGACAUGACCCAUCUGAUCAGCAUUUUGGUGCUGUUGCUCAAAAUCUACGCAACUAAAUCAUGCUCAGGGAUUUCUCUUAAAACCCAGGAGCUCUACGCAUUGGUAUUUCUGGCUCGUUACUUGGAUCUGUUCACAGACUUUAUCUCGGUUUAUAACACCAUCAUGAAGGUUGUUUUUAUUGCGAGCUCUUUAGCGAUCGUGUGGUGCAUGCGAAUGCACCCAGGGGUUAAGAGAAGUUAUGAUAAAGAGCUCGACACAUUCCGCCAUUAUUUUCUUGUAUGGACGAGCUUUGUUUUAGCACUUGUGCUGCAUGAGAAGUUCACAUUCCAAGAGAUUUUCUGGGCAUUUUCAAUAUACUUGGAAGCAGUUGCAAUACUACCCCAGUUGGUUUUGUUGCAGCGAAGUGGAAAUGUGGACAAUUUGACCGGCCAAUAUGUAUUCUUUCUUGGGGCAUAUCGUGCAUUUUACAUUAUGAACUGGAUAUACCGAUAUCUGACUGAGCCACGCUUUACUCGAUGGAUUGCUUGCAUCUCGGGUAUUGUUCAGACAGCUCUAUAUGCCGAUUUCUUCUAUUACUACUUCAUCAGCUGGAAGAACAAUUCAAAACUAAAACUGCCAGCUUGAGCAAACCCAUGAUUGUUUGGA